AUGGUGGUGCUCUUCGGAGUGGUGAUGGGGCAGAUGACGUUCACGGACAAUUGGCAAAAGCGUGCGCCCGCCCGGCCCCAGUGGAGCCCGCUCGAUGACCCUUGCGAGCCGGUGACGGCCCUUGAUCGACUACGCGAGAUUCAGAAGCUACAGCGUCAGAUUCUGCUGCUGGCCGACGAGGCGACUCACUGCCAUGACGAAUACCGGUCAGCCGCCGAAUAUAUUUUGACGCGAUGGCGCGACGACUCCGCCAAAAAUCGCCCCCGAUUCGUGGCACUCGGCUCGAUCAGUUGCUAUGCAAAUUUGCAAGGAUACGCGAUGCAAGUGCUCAACUUGGCCGAGGAACCCGAUUUGGUCCCGAAAUGCCCGCAAAAAGACUUCAUGUUCCGGCGUCACUGCGCGCUGGCCGAGUUUUUGGCGGCCAGCCAAUAUGGAUGGGCCCUGUUUCUCGAUGCGGAUAUUGGCGUCGUCAACCCGCUGCACCGUCUCGAAAACUAUACAUUAACCGAGGACCUCCAUCUCGUCUUCUACAAUCGUUUCUACAACGACGAGGUGGCCAGCGGCAGUUAUAUCGUACGGAAUUCACAACGGGGCCUUGGUUUCCUCCAUUUUUGGGCCAACUACUACCAAGAGCAUCCGUAUUUUGGGACCGAUAACGGGGCCAUAAACAACGUUAUCGUCGAAUACUUCCACCCCGAGUUAUACGAAAGUCGACAAGUUUGCGAGGCGAUUUGGGCUGCAUCAAAGAAUUACGAGGGUCUUUUCAACUAUCAGGCCUGCGUGCAGGAAUAUAUUCUGUCGGUCGCCGCCUCCACAGAAUACCAUAUCUACGAAAAAGGCCGCGCGUGGGUGCGUGACGGAUGGCUGACGGACAAUAAAUGGUCGCUCGACGAUUUCUUCUUUCACGGAUGGAAGCGAACGAAAAUCGGAAAUGAAUGGAAUUUCCGCUUCACCGACCAGCAAAUCUUUUCCCAGCCUUGUCGCAAGCCGGAAGACGUCGCACGCUGGAGAUUUGUGGAUGGCGCCACCCUAUCGGAUACCGACAAGUGGAACUGCUCGGCCAUUUUUGCGCGCCUAGCAGAAGAGCGGAAGCCACGGCGCCGUCCAGCCAACGGGAAUACACGA